AAAAAAAAAAAAAAAAAAAAAAAAAACAUUCAAAUUCCUACGCACAUCACAAUGGCCGACCUAAUCCCAUCAUGGAACCUCGUCCACAAACUUGAGAAGCGCAGUCUUCUCGUCGGCAUCAACUGCGUCGCAGCCCUCUCAAUCCUCUUCUUCGGCUACGACCAAGGAAUGAUGGCCGGUGUCAACAAUUCCCCAAACUACAUCGACCUAAUGGGCUUUGGACAUACGAAAUUGGAAGAUGGCAUGCUCACACCAGUCGUGACUAACAGCCUUUUACAAGGUGGGAUCGUAUCGGUUUAUUACCUGGGUACACUUUGUGGUGCACUGCUGGGUGGCUGGGUUGGUGAUCGGAUUGGGAGGGUUAAGACUAUUGCUGUUGGUUGUGGGUGGGCGGUUCUGGGUGCUGCGCUGCAGUGUUCGGCUAUGAAUCAUGAGUGGAUGAUUUGCUCGCGUUUUAUUAACGGUGUCGGUACGGGUAUCCUGAAUGCCAUCGUCCCCGUCUGGGCUACAGAAGUCGCGGACCAUACUUCCCGUGGACAGUUCAUUGCCAUCGAGUUCACCCUCAACAUCUUCGGUGUCGUCCUCGCAUACUGGUUGGAAUUCGGUCUAUCCUUCAUCGACGGCGGCAAAUCCGCCUUCCGCUGGCGCUUUCCCAUCGCAUUCCAACUCAUUUUCCUCAUCGUUCUCCUCGCCGCUGUCUGGUUCUUCCCCGAAUCACCCCGAUGGCUCGUAAAAGCAAACCGCGAACAAGAAGCACGGUAUAUCCUCGGCCGUCUGCGUGGAAGCUCUGGCGAGGAUGCGAUCCGCGCUGAGGCUGAGUUCCAGGAUAUCCAGAGUAUUGUGGAGAUGGAGAAUACCGUUGGACAUAAUUACUCGUAUCUGGGGAUGUUGUUUGACUAUAAGCCAGGGAAGUUGCAUCUUGGACGGCGUGUGCAGUUGGUGGCUUGGUUGCAGAUUAUGCAGGAGUGGGUUGGGAUUGCUGGUGUUACAGUUUAUGCGCCAACAAUCUUCAGCAUUGCCGGAUUCGAUACAAUGAAGAGCCAAUGGAUCAGCGGUCUCAACAAUGUUUUCUACAUGUUCGCAACACUCGUCUGCGUCUUCACCCUCGACCGAAUCGGCCGUCGCUGGACAUUAUGGUGGGGAGCCGCCGGCCAAGCAAUCGCCAUGUUCCUCGCGGGUGGUUUCUCUCGUCUUGGUAUUGAUGCUCGCGCGGCAGGGGAGAUUGCUAAAGCAGACUCUUACGGAGCCGCAGCUGCUUCGUUUGUUUUCAUUUUCACCGCCGUCUUCGGUGCGACUUGGCUUGUCGGACCGUGGAUUUAUCAAGCUGAGGUGUUCCCGUUGGCCGUUCGAGCUCGUGGUAAUGCUUGGGGUGUUGUGGGUUGGAGUAUCGGUAAUGGAUGGCUGACCCUCCUCUGCCCCGUAAUGUUCGACUCCAUCGGCGAAAAAACCCUCUACGUCUUCGCCGCCUGCAACGUCAUCAGUAUCCCCAUGGUCUGGGCUCUAUACCCAGAGAGCAACCAGCGCACACUAGAAGACAUGGAUCUGCUCUUCGCGUCGGAUUCAUGGUGGGUGUGGGAUGCGGAGAAGACAUUUGCGCGUCUUAAGGAGGAGAACCCGGGAUACAUGCAGACCGUUGCGCGGAAGAAUAGUGAGGUUGAUGCUGAGGCCGGCCGUGUUAAAGAUUCGGAGAAUGUGGCGACUGUUGAGCAUCGGUCGUGA